AUGGUGUUCGCGACCGCCCCGCUCCUCGCGCGCGCGGCGAAGCGCCUCGGCUUCACGCGCCUCACGACGAAGCGCGCGCGCAAGGGGUACUACAAGGGCAAGGGCGCGAAGAGCACGGGGCGGCACACGAAGGACGGCGAGUACGUCGUCACCGACGACAAGGCGCCGACGUUCGUAGCCCCGCGCGCGGAUCUCGCGACGUUCGCGCUCAAGCCGUACGUCGCGCGGAGCGUGCCGAAGAAGCCGUGGCUGCUCGAUGGGAAGGAGGGGCCCACCGGAACGACUGCGGCGGCGACGAAGACGGGCGGCGGCGGCGGAGGAGGAGGAGGAGGGGCGACGGGCGCGGUGCCGCCGGGGGCGGCGUACAGCACGAUCGCGGGGGCGCCGCGGUAG